UGGGACAAGGAGGGAUGGGAACCCUGAGCUAGGAAGGGUGGGGACUCUGGAUGAGGAGUGAUGUGGACCCAGGGCAGACUGGGAUGGGGAUCCUGGGUAAGGGGACUCAGCCCAACGCCGGCAUCGCUGGGUGCAUGGAAUGGGGAAUUUCAGCCCCAUCCCCAUCUGGGCUGCAGGAGCGAGCCCGGAUGCCUCUGGAACUCCUCUCGGCCGCGGCCGCUCACCCCCGCCACGGCCUCCCCUCGCUUUUCCCCCUUCCCCUCUAAGAUUUCAUCACUGAGCACUUAAGGCCUGGAACAGCCGCCCCAGCAGCUGCUCGGAGCCGCGGCUGCAGCCAGACGGACGGACCGACCCGUUAUUUCGGGAGCCGCGCCGGCGGCAGGACCUCAAACGGCGCCACUUCCCGCGGGACACGGGGACAGACUCCCUCGGCCCCGCGGUCCCCGGACGCUGGCGAGGGCUUUUUGGGGGGUCUGGCAGGUCCCCAGGGAGGAGCAGAGGAAAAUAGCAACAGGAUGAGGUCACGCAGCGGCUGCAGCCUCUUGAGCAACCUCAGCCCGGGCCGAGGGACCAGGGUGGGAGGAGGCAGAGCCCCGGCGGGUGGGGGGGGCCCAGGCGACGCCCCCGGACCCCCAGACUGGAGACCACAUCCUGGGGAGCUGCCACGUUGGUCUGGGGAACCGCGGGGACCCCCAGCUUGUGUUCCUGCCUGAACCCCAAGGCAGAGGUGCCCGUGCCAGAGCAUUUCCAGGCUGGGUUGUUUAGGAAAUGGCCUCCCGAAAUGACAUAGGGGGUCCCAAGCCCUGUUUGCCCCACUGCCAGCCACCAGUAAUGCCAGAGCACGGAGCCCACAUCCUUCUCUGCCCUCCUCAGACCCUCAUAUGGGGCUUUACCCACCCCCUUGUGGAUAAAAACACCUUUGCAACACCCCCCUUGUGUGAUCCCCUUCCCCACUUGCACCCCAAAAAGUGGCCCCUUACAGUGGUGAUGGUGAACACCAGGGCUCCUGCCUUUUGCUGACAGGGGAAGAAAGCAGGAAACACCCCCAACCCCAGCUGGAUUUCGUCUGGGAGGGGGCUGGGGGCUGCCUGCCCUUUCCCGGCCUCCCACACCCCCUCCCCAUCCCGGCCCUAAUGAGAACAAGCUGGUCCUGGGCUGCGACGCAGGAGGAGGAGGAGGAGAAGGAGGAGGAGAAGAGGGAGAAGGAGGAGGCUCCAUCCCAGCAGCAGCAGAAAGGGGCUCGAGGUGUGUGGGACAGACCCUGCGUUCCCCUCUCCCUUCGGCCGACGCAGCAGCUGCAGGAGAGGUCCCUGUGCACGAUCCCGGGAAUGGGGUCGGCGAUGUGGCUGCUGCUGCUGGCACUGCUGGCGGCCCCAGCACACGCGGCAGCCCCCCGGCACCCCCCAGUGCUGCCAGACACGGGGGGCAGUGGGGACGGGGACGAGGCGUUGGCCACACCACCCGCCCCCCCGGCGACCCCCCGGAUCAGCCCCACGGUGGGGGACGCAGGGGGGACCACCGUGACCAACAGCUCUGCCCCAGGAGUGCUGGACGGGCUGGUGGACUUCUUCAAGGAGUACCUGCUGCUGGUGGUGGUGGUGGGCUCGCUGUCCUUCGUGCUCCUCUUCAUCAUCUGCGCCGCCAUCAUCGUGCGCCAGAAGCACAAGGCCUCCGCCUACUACCCCUCGUCCUUCCCCAAGCAGAAGUACGUGGAUGAGCGGGACAAGGUGGGGGGGCCCCGGGCCUUCAGCGAGGUGCCCGACAAGGCCCCCGAGCCGGGCGCGGAGGAGCCGCUGGACGGCAGCCGGCAGCUCCAGGCGGACAUCCUGGCAGCGGCCCAGAGCCUCAAAUCCCCCCCCAGGGCACCGCUGGCCAACGGGGCCCAGGCUGAGCAGAAUCCCACUGGGGAAGAGGAGAAGGAAGAAGAGGAAGGAAGCAAGAAGUUGGCGGAUGACCAACCUGCUAAGCCCUCUCCCCAAAAUCCAGGCGUGGAGGAAGUGGCGGGAGCGACGGGAGCAGGGGGCAAGGAGACCCCUGACGUGCCCCAGGAUGGCUCCUCAGCCCCCUCUGGAGUCUGAGGCAGGGACACGGUCCCGGGUGAGCCCGAGGAGCCGCCAGAUUGGGACGCAUGAUGGACACGGAUCAACGCUCCGUACGUACGUGGUGGCUCAAGGAAGCCCCGAUGAAGACCCUGCUCCCUCACCCUCCCCAGCCCCCUUGAGCCCCCCUACCCUUGUGCCAACAGGACACUGUGGUAAAUCCACGGGGUUUUUUGGUAGCCACUGGUUUCCCCCAGGGCUGGAAAGCCAGCAGCCCCUGCUCCUGCUGCCCAAGGGGCUUUUCCCACCCCAGCUCUGGCUCUGCCCUCCCUGUGCCAACAGCUUCCUCCCAAACGUUAUUUUACUGAUCAGUCUCCUGAGCUGGACACCUGGCUGGGAGCUGUGUCCCUUUGGGAAGAGGGACAGGACCAGGGCCAAGGUCUGUAGCUGUCCCCUCCCUGGGCAGCAGGGCAGGGACUCCCUGUGACCAUGGGCAUCAUGGGCAGCUUUGCCCAUGGCUGUGGCACUGAGGCCACACGGACAGGCUGCCCUUGGCCACCCGAGGGGAGGAGGGAUGAGGAUUUAGGGACAAGGACCCAUCCUUUCAUUUUUUCACCCCAAAGCAUGUCCCAGAGCCCAGCUGGACUUUUGCCUCAUUUCCUUAACCCCUCUGGCUAGAAAUAAACAUUUCUUCUGCA